AUGUCUCGGAGCUGGGAAGACUGGCAGGGGGUUAUCCGGCCGAAGCUGGAGGGAAUCAACAGGUAUAACCCUGACAACAUGGAGACACUGGAGCAGUACGCCCAGUUCCAGGCUGAGAGUCAUCACUAUGACUUUGAGGCAAACCUCACCCUCAUGAAACUCUAUCAGUUUGAACCUCACAGAGCAGUGGCGAGAGUUGCGCUACAGAUCCUACUGAAGGCACUGGUCAACAUGCCCAAACCUGACUUUAGUCUCCUGAAGAGCGUGCUACCCUGCAAUCUGCACGUUGUCUUUUGUGUUUACACUCCAUGGUGGUGGUUGUCCCUAGCAACAGGACGAGGGGGUGGGGCAGGUGGUGAGACUCCACGGUCUCCUGGAGUCGUGCAGUUCCGUGAGGUGUGGGGAGGGGGGGAGGAUGGAGGGGUGGGAGAGGUGACCUCCCACAUCUCCAACUUCCAGGAGCAGAUCAGGAAGUACAUAUGCAGUGUCCUAGAAGUAAGCUACCAGACCGUAUCAACUGAACUAGUCAGAGAAUACCUUGGUGGAAUAGACGACGCUGUGCUAAUGGAGUUGGCUAGUGGGAGUGGCUGGACGGUUUCCGGGGAAACAGUCCAUAUAAGAAAGCAGGAGGAGCUGAUAAAACCGAAGAAGAUUCUGGCGAAAAUUGACGUUGAAAGUGUGUCAGGGAUACUAACAGCUGCUAUAAAAUAAACACCAACAACCAUCAUAUAUACCCCUGUCUCAUUGUUGUACAAAAUCAUCGUUUCAAAAAUAAUGUGUGUGUUGUGAAAAAUGAUUCUUCUAUCUUUUGAUGGUGAAACUGUGGUAUUGUGUUCUAGUGACGGGGCCUUCUUUGGAGAACUCACAUCUAUCGAUAUGUGACCUUGGACUGCCUGUUUCUCGUAGCCACGUCUUCAUUAGCUCCACUUGAGACUCCGCCCCCUGAACCACGCCCACUACAGUACCUCUAGAUUUAUCGGUGUUCUUUACCCAUCCUACCAGUCCGUGCUUCACUGCCAUAUCUCUAGUGAACUGGAAGGGAGAGAUAUUUUGUAGACGACCAAAAAUCAAUAUUACUAACUUUUCUAUAGAAGACUCCUUGCACUUUGCCAAAGACCUCGAAAUGCACAGAUUUCAACACUUCACCCUUUACUGCUGCUGCUCCUGCCAUUUCUCGUGACGUCACC